AUGACCAAAGGGCCAUCUUCUGUAUUGAUGGUCGGUUCUCAGACUCUCUUCCCUGGCUCCUCGAUUACCAUCGAUGGCCAAGAGAUAAGUCUCGCGGCGACUGGAGGUGCUGUCAUUGUAAACCCGGCUCGUCCAACUGCUACGCCGUUCAAUGGCGCGCCACCACCAGUGAUCAGCAUUGGAACUUCCCUUGUCACAGCCAAUUCAAACUCUGGUUUCGUCAUUGGUAGUCAAACUUUGUUUCCCGGUGGAGCCAUCACCGAAAGCGGAAGAAUUUACACCCUCCCAGCUCCCACUCCAAAACCAACAACUUUCCAGACCAACGUUGCCCUUGGCACCAGUGCCAUCACCAACAUCAACGUCGCCGGCCAAACCCUAACAGCCGGCGGAAGAAUCACCGUCGGAAACGACAUCCUCUCCAUCGCCCCCGACGGAACAGGUGUAAUAAUAAUAGGUACCGUCACCAUCGGCGGCGGCGAGAGCACCGCAACCGCCACAUCUGGCCGGAAGAGCAGCGCCAACACGCAGAAACCAAGUCUCGCGCUCUGCGCUUGUAUUUUAUUUGUCACUUAUAUCUUUGUCUGA